AUGUCGUCUGAGGAGUCACCCACCGCACCAGCAGAUGUAGACCUUGCUGUGAUGGACAAUCAGGAGAUCCGGCAUCUCGCCAAGAGUCACAGACUGGAACACUCGGGACUUUCCCGUACCCAGAUAGUCAAGCUUCUUCGCGACAACGGUAUUGGUUCGUCGACAAACUCAGCAGGUCAGUCUGACAAGGUGCGCGAUGUUGUUCAGCAGGCAUUGGCCGAUAUUGCAAAAAAUGUUAAAGAAUUGGCCGCCAAGGUAGCCCUAAUUUCUGCCUUGCAGUUGGAGGUGUCGUCCCUUCGAGGAGAAUUGGCGGCUCUCAAAGAAAGGAACUCUGAUCUUGACCCUGUACAAACUAGCACACCUGAACCUCAACCCAAUUACACCCUGGUCAGACGCGACAGGCCAACUCAUGGUGGAGGCUUAGCAGCAUAUGUAAGAGAUCAUCUCCGAGCCCGAAUUGUGAAGGCUGACACCCAGGUGGAAAUGCUCAUGUUAGAGGUCAGUGGGCAGCGUUCCAAGGUUCUCCUUGGUGGUGUGUACCGUCCUCCAGGCACUCCUGUGCAAUUCUGGCAAGACUUGACGAAUGCACUAGACACUGUCAUCUCCACACUUCCCACAUCACCUCUGGUCCUUGUUGGAGACUUCAAUGUCGAUCACUUUCAAGCCCUAUUGGACCCCAAGGCAGCCAAACAACCCUGGAUCUCGCUCGCUCUGGUCGGAGACGAUCAUGUGAACUCUUGUGUCGUAGUACCUUGUACAAUCAGUGACCACUUCGCUCUGGCACUUGAUUUGCGACUCACAACGUCCUGCACACCGACCGUGCGACGUGGCCGUAACAUUGCAAGAAUUGAUAUGGGUCAAUUUGCACACCACCUUCUAAAUAGCGAUCUAGAGAACUUCUGCUUUGCGCGGACAGAAGAUGAAAUGUGGGAUAUGUGGCUGGAGAAACUUGUCGCGGCCUUGAACACUCAUGCUCCUAUCCGUCUACACCGCCCAAGAGCUCCUACCCGGAAAUCCUUCCCCUGGAAGACGCCAGCUCUACAUGACCUAGUCCAGCGACGUGACGUGGCCCAUCGACGGUGGAAAGCAUCACCUGCAGACCCGGCACUACGCAAUGUCUUCACUUCUGCCCGAGACGAAGCCAAGCGUAUGUCACGACAUCUCCGAGCCAUCUACUUUAGGGACCUUCUUGCUGCUAGUCAGGCCAACGCACGAAAAACCUGGCAGACCAUCAACUACCUCAGCGGUCGUAACAAGUCCUCAGUUCCACCAGCCGUCAGUGUCUCACAGCUCAGUGACCAAUUCAGCGGUGUUGUGUCAGACCCAACUAGACCACUACGUCUCUCAGCCCCAUUGGGUCCCACGAAGAAGGAAUGCCUCGAAGAAUUUGCUCCAGCAAGUGUGCAAGAGAUCGCUAAGCUGCUCUCCAACAUCGACGUGCGCAAAGCUGCAGGCAGCGACCAGGUUCCAGCUGCAAUCCUCAAACACUGUUCUCCUGUCCUUGCACCGUCCCUCACCAUACUAAUCAAUGCAUCUCUGGCUUCUGGUGUUGUUCCUGCAUCUCUGAAGAUUGCGGAUGUUCGUCCCCUCUUCAAUUCGCAUAUCGCCCACUUCUCUCCACAGAAGAUGCCCUGA